AUGUUGUGGUACCGACCAGAGAGCUCGGAUAAGCUUGUCAGAGAGUAUCUUGGCACCGUACCAAGCGUCAGAAACAAGAUGCUAAAAAACUGGGGCUUGAUUGGUGGUGUUGCUGCUGCCAUUGCGGCUGGUGUGUACGUUUUGUGGGGUCCAAUCACAGAUCGAAAGAAGAGAAAGCGAGGUAUGGUUCCUGGUCUGUUGAACCUAGGCAACACUUGCUUCCUGAACUCUUUACUUCAGGGUCUAGCUGCAUGCCCGUCCUUCGUCUGUUGGCUGGAGAGGUUUUCAAACUCACCUACAAUACAGUCAUCCAAAGAAAACAAGUUGUCCACAACACUUCUCCAACUACUCAAAGCACUGUCCAGUUAUGAGUCCGGAGAUGAAGAUGUGCUGGAUGCUGGAUGCCUGCUGGAUGUUCUCAGACUAUACCGGUGGCACAUCAGUUCAUUUGAAGAGCAGGAUGCCCACGAGCUCUUUCACGUUCUAACGUCAUCUCUCGAGGAGGAGAGGGACCGCCAGCCUAAAGUCAUCCACUUAUUUGACAUAAAGUCUCUUGAGACCCUUCCCAAUCAAGAGGAGAGGACAAGAACGUGCAGAAGUCGAGGUCCUCUUCACCCAAUACCAAGCCCUUGGAAGUUUCAGCAUCCUUUUCACGGCCGUUUAACAAGUAACAUGUUAUGCAAGCGGUGUGAGCAACAAAGUCCAGUACGAUAUGAUUCCUUUGAAAGCCUUUCUUUAUCGAUCCCUUUACCUCAAUGGGGUCGACCGGUCUCUUUGGACCAGUGUCUACAGCUUUUCAUCUCUUCAGAAACGAUUAAGGAAGUAGAGUGUGAAAACUGCACCAAGCUACAACGAGAAGCUAGAGUCAACGGACAGCUAGUGGAAAGUCAGCGGACAACAUUUGUAAAACAGCUUAAAUUGGGAAAGUUGCCCCAGUGCCUUUGCAUCCACCUGCAAAGGCUUACUUGGUCCAGCGAAGGAACUCCAAUUAAAAGACAAGAGCAUGUGCAAUUUACAGAGUAUCUAUCAAUGGACCGUUACAAACACAGCACCUUCAUACAGACAAGUCAGCGUUCCAAACUUGCCGUCAAACAACAAAAGGCAGAACAUUCAGACAAGGCUGUGGAAAAUCCUCCUCAGAGCACAGAUGCGGAGCAUCACAACAACAACAAACCCUUUCCAAAUGGAGACUGUUCCUCUGUCUGUUUACAUUCUACUUGUGGGACCACUCAGCUGGACCUUAUGUAUAACUACAUCUCCACAGAGUACCUUUUCCAAUUGACCGCUGUGCUGGUUCAUCAUGGAGACAUGCAUUCAGGACAUUUUGUAACGUAUCGCCGGAGCCCCUGCCCGCCUUGCACUUCCACACCGUCCACCUCUCCGUGGCUCUGGGUGUCCGACGACUCGGUCCGCAAAGCCAACCUGCACGAGGUUUUGUCCUCCAACGCUUACAUGCUUUUCUAUGAGAGAGUUAAGAAGCCGAGCUCCAUUAUGCCUUUGCAGGAAUAA